AUGCGCGCCGGUCUCUCUGCGCUUGCCGUCCUCGCUCUCGCCUCGUCCGCCAGCGCCGACCUCGUCGAGAAGUGGUACAACCUCACCUACACGACUGCGAGCCCUGAUGGCUUCGAGAAGCCCUGGGUCGUCGGCGUCAACGGAACUUGGCCGCCGCCUAUCCUGAACGUCAAGGCCAACGACACGGUCCGGAUCCAUGCGCUCAACAGCCUCGACAUGGGCUGCUCGAUCCACCACCACGGCAUCUUCUUCAACGGUACCGCGUACUACGACGGCGCUCCCGGCGUCACGCAGUGCCCGAUCCCGUCAGGCUCGUCUCUCACCUACGAGGUGCCCGUCGACCUGCAGCACGGCACGUACUGGUGGCACAGCCACUCGAGCGUCGCGUACCAAGAUGGUCUGCGGGCGCCUCUCAUCAUUCACGCCGAGCAGGAGCCUCACAAGUACGAUGACGAGUUCACGAUCAUCCUGUCCGACUGGUACCACGAGCGCGCGACGAAGCUCAACAACCAGUUUAUGAACAAGUACAACCCGACCGGCGCCGAGCCCGUCCCCGACGCGCUCCUCAUCUACGCCGCGCAGAACGGCACCUACCUCCCGUCGAACGAGAACGUCCAGUUCAACGGCAACCUGUCGAUCCCGUUCGAGGCCGGCAAGACGUACCGCCUGCGCGUGCUCAACACGGGCGUGUUCGCCAUGUCCUUCUUCUGGAUCGACGGCCACGAGAUGCAGGUCAUCGAGGCGGACGGCAUCGACACUGAGCCGUACCCGGUCGACUUCCUCACGCUCUCGGUCGCUCAGCGGUACUCGAUCCUCGUCACGGCGCGCAACGACACGUCGCAGAACUACCUUGUCCACGCCAACUUUGACGACUCGAUGUUCGACACGGUCCCUGAAGGCCUCACGCUCAACUACACGACGACGAUUUCGUACGGCGAGGGCAACCCGACUGCCGAGUCGGGCUUCCGCAACAAGCUCGGCCUCAUGGAGGACCACCUCUUCGUCCCGCUCGUCGCCGAGGAGCAGUUCGUCCCGACGACCUCGCUCGAGCUCGACGUCUGGUUCGACGCGUUCGACAAUGGCGUGAACCGCGCCUCGAUGCUCGACAACAUCACCUGGGUCGCUCCCGAGACGCCCUCGCUCAUGACGAUGCUGUCCAUGGGCAACGACUCGCUCGACCCCAAGGCGUACGGCCCGCAGACGGCGCAGCACCUCCUCAACCGGGGCGACGUUAUGGACCUCAUGAUCAUCAACUUUGACGCCAACGCUCACCCGUUCCACCUUCACGGCUCGACGUUCCAGGUCACUCGAGUCGCGACCGACGUCACCUCGGACGACCCUCUGCUCAACCCUCCACACACCCUCGGUGCCGUGAACCCGAUGAGGCGCGACACGAUCAUCGUUCCCGCCGGCGGCGCCGUCAACAUCGCGUGGCAGGCGUACAACCCGGGCGCGUGGAUCUUCCACUGCCACAUCCAGUGGCACAUGGAAGCCGGCCUCGCCGUCGUCUUCAUGACCGACAUUCUCGGCGCCCAGCAGGCCCUCACGCUGCCGCAGCAGAUCGUCGACCAGUGCGAGGCGCAGGGCAUCUCGACGACCGGCAACGCCGCCGGCAAGAUGUCGUUGACCGACUUUGCGGGUGCGCCAAAGGGUCCAAGGGACCAGGAGCACAUCACGGGCUGGACGCCCAAGGCCAAGGGUGCGCUCGCCGGAUGCGUCUUGACGGCGCUUCUCGGCAUGAUCACGGUCGUCUGGUACGCGUUCGGCGGCGAGCUCGACGCCGAGGAGCUCAAGGAGGAGGUGCUCCACGACAUGGCGGCCAAGAAGGCUGCUGGCGGAGGGUUGAUCAAGCGCGGCUUCAAGGCGGUCACGGGCAAGAAGGCGGCAUGAGCGCGAGCGAGGAGGUCGUCCGGGUCUGCAACUCUCGAGCAUCUGUUUCGUUUGGCUC